AUGUUUGUGAUGGUGUCUGCGCUGAGUGACGUCGUGGCUGGAACUACUGGAGUUAAGAGGGAGAGGGAGGAGAAUGAUGAGAUUCAACCUCGUGUUCGUCCUACGGGUACUCCUCCUUUUUCUCUUCCUCCUGCUAUGGACUUCAAUCUUGAUCCUCCAUGGCCUCUGCAAUUGUCAUAUCCUAGUGUUCAACACCAUUAUCAUGGUGCUCAUGUCCCCAUGUCUGCACCUCCCACCGCCACCAUGAUGCCACCGCCUCUGGCGUUUUUAGAGAUGGACAGCAUAUUGAAGCUACAAAGAUUGUCUUCCCAGAACCGAAAUGGGUCUCAGAAGACUCUGCAUAUUGAUGUUGGAGAAGAUGGUGUGAAGAUCAAAAAUGAGGAAAAACCCAAAACUGAGAUCAAUUUGGUAAAUUUUAGCAGUGAAGAUCCUGUGAAGAAAGAUGAAGGCAAGAGCAGCGAGCAGCCCAUAUCUUUAAGAUCCCGUCUCAUGAAAAUGUUCAAGAGGCCCACGAAAGGAGAGAACUACACUAUCUCCCAGGCACUUGUGAGUGUGGACAGGAUAAUCUUAUUUGUAGCAACUACUUGCGUGGUUGGAACUACCAUCAACGCCAUUGACAACGUGGGUCAGAUUGGCAAAGCCCUGGGUUACACUACUGUGAAUAUCAGAACUUUUGUUUCUCUCAUUAGCAUCUGGAACUUUCUAGGCCGUGUGGCGGAAGCACUUUUCUCCGAGUUUCUGCUUCAAAAGUACAAAUUUCCCAGGCUAUUGAUUUUCACAAUAGUAUUGCUUAUCGCUUGUCUUCAGAAUGUCUUUACAGCUUUUCCUCUGCCAGGAUCACUGUAUGUAGCCUCAGCCGGUUUAGGCCUGUCUUUUAGAACUCGGUGGCCCAAAUCCUUAAGAUCGUGUCUGGUCAAUGGACUGCAUAUAAAUAGCAAUUGGAGGCAGAGAGAAAACAAGGGUAAGGGACAAUACAAGGUCAUGAAGCACCUUCCCUACUGUGGGUAUAUGGAUCUGAAGAAGGCAUCUUUUAUGGCCAGAAAAGUAGCUGUGGGUCUAUGGUUCGUGGUAUUUAUAUGCUUUCUAAUUAUGUGCCCUUCUGAAGGGACUUUCAUGCGUGGUGCAUGUACAGAAACUCAAUCUGCCCAAACAAUUUCAGACAGUAAUUUCAAUAAAUAUGUUCCAGUUGUUCAUUCGGGUCAUUCUGCUUCAGAAAAGGUUCUUCAUUCUGCUGUUACUGUCUUUAACGUAGAAAAAUAUGGAGCACGAGGCGAUGAAAAGCAUUCUACUGAGAGAACUGCAGCUACGAUGGAUAGGGUGCUCAAGGUUCGCAAACUUUCCGAACCAAGUAAACCUAAGCUUGAUCCAGGACAGGGUGCACAGCAUAAUUAAAGAAUACAUUUUAUGACUAUAUCAUAUGGUGUAUUCAGAUAGGUUAUUGAAGUUCAAUUAGAAAUAGUUAUAAUGGGUGCCUUUAAUUAUGGUGAGGCAAUGUUUAUUUCCUUC